AUGUCCACCACUCAGUUUAAGGCCUCGAUCAGCUCGUCCGAAACCGCCACUAGCAUACCGAAGACAACAACAAUACCAACGACCGUCUUCACCAAAAUAUCAUCCACCUCGACCAAAACCUCAUCGGCCAGCUCGAAAGCAAUCACCUACGAUAUCGACGUAAGCUAUAUGUCCCAUUCAUCAGAUUUCCUAGAGUGCUCUCUUCAAUACUCCGCCCAGUUUGACGACAGAAUCAUCAAGCCUGCCCUGACUCUCCUCAACCCCCUCGGCAUUGAAGUCAACAUUUUCUUAAACCCCUGGGCCGUAGACAAUCAACCUCCCACGGUCGGCGUGCCAGCACACUCCCAGCUGAACCCCAUCGUGACAGCUUUCGAACAACAAGCGACCAACGGUACACCCUCUCUUACGAUCCUCUAUCCGGACUCAAACCUCAAGUCCUUCGACCUCCACUCCUUCUACUUCGGCUAUUUGGCAAACACUAGCGCUACGGCCGUCGAUGUGGCGCUGCAGUGUACGAUCGCUGUCGCGGGAUUCAGAGAAGGGCAGGAGGUGACGGUGGCGGGUUAUACCUUCACGCUGCCGACGGUCGCGGUGGAUGUCCCUAUGAUUCAGAGUGCGACACCGUAUCUCAAUUUCUCUCCCAAUCAGAAUGGCUCCUUCAGUCUCCGGAAUCUCACAACGUUGGAGUCUAGUCCUGAAAUCGAUCCGCAAUUUACCGGCUUAGUGGAGGACACAGGCGAAGACCUCUUCCGACAAAUCCACCUAUAUGAACGGCCUCAAGACACUGGCUAG